CAGACCCCCCGGGCGCGGGGCUAUUCAAAGAGCAGCGGUGCCCGCCCCUACCUGAUGGAGGGAAAUUGUAUAGAGGGGAACUUGCUUGCGUGCCACUGUCGGGCAAUCCAAACAUCAAAGUCUGCAUUAAAAUCCAUUUCCACUGUGGGAAAAACCUCGUUUUUUAACAGAGUCCAGUUUCCCGCCCAUCACCACCAACCAAGCCUGCCUUUCUGAGCAGUCCAACGAAACAACAACCCCACCUUCUUUUUUCCCCCCUUUCUCACCCACACACAAACCCGCCCCAUAUCGUCCAUUCUCGACUCGACUGGUGAGAACACAUCUUCUUCGAAGCAACUUUUGAACCAUCCCAAAGCUUACCGGUUGCGUCUUGAAUCUUUUUGCAGAGCCGAGUCCAUAUAACUGCCCAACAUGAGUGUCGUCGGUGUCGAUUUCGGAACCCUUAACACAGUCGUCGCUGUUGCGAGAAACCGGGGUGUCGAUGUGAUCACCAACGAGGUCUCUAACCGGGCGACUCCAUCGCUUGUUGGCUUUGGCCCCAAGUCCCGCUAUCUCGGUGAGCCCGCGAAGACUCAGGAGAUUUCCAACCUCAAGAACACCGUCGGUUCUCUCAAGCGCCUGCUCGGCCGCACGUUAAACGAUCCCGAUGUCCAGACCGAGCAGGCUUUCAUCUCGGCCCCUCUGGUCGAGAUCGACGGCCAGGUCGGCGCCGAGGUGUCGUACCUCGGCGAGAAGACCAAGUUCUCUGCCACCCAGCUCACAGCCAUGUUCCUCGGCAAGAUCAAGCAGACCGCUGCUGCCGAGCUCAAGCUCCCAGUAUCUGACCUCGUUCUGAGCGUUCCCGCCUGGUUCACCGAUAUCCAGCGCCGGGCCCUUAUCGAUGCCGCCGAAAUUGCCGGUCUCAGACCGCUCCGCCUCAUCAACGAUACCACUGCCGCCGCUCUCGGCUACGGUAUCACCAAGCUGGAUCUCCCCGGCCCUGAUGAAAAGCCCCGCCGCGUUGCCUUUGUCGAUGUCGGUUACUCCAGCUACACCUGCUCCAUCGUCGAGUUCAAGAAGGGCGAGCUCUCCGUCAAGGGUACCGCUUUCGAUCGUCACUUUGGUGGCCGCAACUUUGACAAGGCCAUCGUUGACCACCUCGCCAAGGAGUUCCACGGCAAGUACAAGAUCGACAUCAACUCCAACCCCAAGGCCCUCUGCCGCGUCUACGCCGCUGCUGAGAAGCUCAAGAAGGUGCUCUCUGCCAACCAGCAGGCUCCUCUCAACAUUGAGUCCCUGAUGAACGAUGUCGACGUUCGUGCUAUGAUCACACGUCAGGAGUUCGAGGCUAUGGUUGAGCCCCUUCUCAACAAGGUCCACGUUGUUCUUGAGCAGGCCCUUGCCGACUCCAGGCUCACCAAGGAGGACAUCGACAUUGUCGAGGUUGUUGGCGGCGGCAGCCGUGUCCCCUCUAUCAAGGAACGCGUGCAGAACUUCUUCAACAAGAACCUCUCCUUUACCCUGAACCAGGACGAGGCUAUCGCCCGUGGUUGCGCUUUCAGCUGCGCCAUUCUCUCCCCCGUCUUCAAGGUCCGCGACUUCGCCGUCCAGGACAUCAUCAGCUACCCCAUCGAGUUCGCUUGGGAGAAGGAUGCCGACAUCCCCGACGAGGACACCAGCUUGACCGUCUUCAACAAGGGCAACGUCCUGCCAUCAACCAAGAUUCUCACCUUCUACCGCAAGCAGGCUUUCGACCUCGAGGCCAGAUAUGCCCAACCAGAGGGUCUCCCCGGAAAGGUCCCUCCUUUCAUCGGUCGCUUCUCCGUCAAGGGCGUCAAGGCCACCGGCGGCCCAGAGGACUUCAUGAUCUGCAAGCUCAAGGCCCGUGUCAACAUUCACGGUGUUCUCAACGUCGAGAGUGGCUACUACGUCGAGGACCAGGAGGUCGAGGAGGAGAUCAAGGAGGAGGGUGACAAGAAGGAAGGCGAUGCCAUGGACACAGACGAGAAGCCCAAGACCCGCAAGGUCAAGAAGCAGGUUCGCAAGGGCGACCUGCCAAUUGUCAGCGCUACUCUCUCCCUCGACCAGGGCGCCAAGGCCCAGCUCUUUGAGAAGGAGUCUGCCAUGGCUAUGGAGGACAAGCUUGUCGCCGACACCGAGGAGAAGAAGAACGAGCUCGAGACCUACAUCUACGACCUCCGUAACAAGCUCGACGACCAGUACUCUGAGUUUGCCAGCGACGAGGAGAAGGAGAAGAUUAAGGCCAAGCUCGAGGCUACUGAGGACUGGCUCUACGACGAGGGUGACGACACCACCAAGGCCGUCUACGUUGCCAAGAUUGAUGAGAUCCGCGCUCUUGCCGGCCCCAUCGUCCAGCGCCACUUCGAGAAGGUCGAGGCCGACAGGCAAGCACUCCAGGCCCGCCUGGAUGCCGAGAGGGCGGCGAAGAAGGCCGAGGAGGAGGCCCGCAAGGCUGCCGAGUCCAAGUCAGACUCCAAGGACGAGGAGAUGACGGAUGCGGACGCGCCAAAGGCCGAGGUUGAGGAGGCUGGCGAUCCUUAGGAGGGUAGUAAGGACAAGGGUGAGGAGGAAGAUUGGACAGAUGAUUCGGAAGAGGAAAUGAUACCUUGAGCGAAAAAGAGAAGAAGCGGAUAGGGGGGAAUUAAAAAUACCGGGACAUGAUUACGGACAUGAUGAAACCCACUUUUUAGAAGUUUUCUUUUUUUUUUUUUUCUUUUUGAGAGAGAGAUGGAGAGGAAAUUUUAUGUUUACCCACCACUACCAUUACACUUUGCACACACAUUCCCGAGCCUAAUAGGUUGAAUGAGAGGUAGCGGUAAUUCUUUUUUUCUUUAGGUAUGAGGCUAGAAGGAGGAGGAGAGCGAUGGAUGGAUUGAUGGAUGGUGGUCAUUUGAUAGAUUGGUAUGGUUUUUCUUGGGGGGAUAGUUUGGAAUUUUGGUAGGGGAGGGUGGUAUAACUUUUUGUAGUGUAGGUAGAGGAAAUAAAGAGCGAAGGUGGGGUAGAUAGGAAGA